ACAUAUACAUACACAUUUAACGGAAACUAUAUAUAACUUUGUUGCGUUAACUUGCAUAACCUCCAAUUAGUUUCUCCAGAAAGCGAUACAUCACUCCUCCCACACAUUCUAUAAAGCAUUCAAGAAGCCUUUCUUGGGAAAUUUUCUCUCUUGAUCUUUCCCAGAAAAUCUUGGCAUCACGUUGGAGUCCAUACAGAAACACAUAUAUAAACAUGUCGCAGGACGUAAUUUCGUCGCAUGAACAGCUCUCAAUGGAUGAGAUCACAAGCCCUCUCACCGCACAAAUCGUCGAUUUCUGUGAUCCACAGUUCUUUCAAGAGACCUUUAAUCAAACUUCUGAAGUGACCUCUGCUUCAAAUUGUUGUGGCUAUGUUGAAAACAACAACAACAACGGUUCGAAGCAAGACCAUGAAGACAACAACAACAAUAACGAGAACGGGGACUUAUCCAUCAUAUUUGAUUCACAAGACGAUUUCGAUAACGAUAUCACAGCUUCCAUCGAUUUCUCUUCCUCUAUUCAGUUUCCAGCGUCUGAUCAACUCCAAGACCAGUUUGAUUUCACCGGAGUUCAGCUUCAUCAGCCUUCCAACGUCCUCUACUCUUCCUCAUCUUGUGAUCCCCUGCCUCCGCCUUUAUCGGUUUUCGAAGAUGAUUGUCUUUCUUCUGUCCCAAGUUACAAUAUUGGCUCCCUAAACCCUACUUCCCCUUCUUGCUCUUUCUUGGGUAAUCCCGGUUUACCAACUUACAUGUCUGUAACCGGGAAUAUGAUGAAUACCGGUUUAGCCAUGGAGAGAUCCGGUUUUUACUCUGGGAGUAUCCAUCUUGGUUCAGAUUUUAAACCAUCACAUGAUCAAUUGAUGGAGAUCCAGGCUGAUACUAGUGGAAUGUUCUUCCCAGAUUCGAUUAAACCCAUCUUCAAUCCAGAAAAUCACCAUCUCCAGACACUUGACGGUGGAGAAAACCAGAACCACCUUGUGGCAACACCGGUUCUUCCACAGUGUGGAACAGAUAUAACCGGUUUAGACGAUGGGAGUGUCAACAAAGUAGCUAAACUCACUGCCGAGCAGAGGAAAGAGAAGAUUCAUAGGUACAUGAAGAAGAGAAACGAGAGGAACUUCAGCAAGAAAAUUAAGUAUGCAUGUAGGAAGACUUUGGCUGAUAGUCGUCCAAGAGUUAGAGGAAGAUUUGCAAAGAACGAUGAACUGUGUGAACCACAUAGACAUGGUUCUUCAAGCCAUCACGAAGAAGACGAUGAUGAUGUGGGGGUCAAGGAGGAAGAACAAUUGGUUGAUUCUUCAGACAUAUUUUCACACAUAAGUGGUGUCAACUCUUUCAAGUGCAAUUAUCCAAUCCAGUCUUGGAUUUGAGUUUGAUUAUAUGGUCAUAUAAUCACAAAAUAGUAUUUUAUAGAGGUUUAUUUGUAUAUUUACUAGUGCAAUUUUUAGCCAUGACUCAUAUUUUCUCGGAAAUAUUUAGAACAUAAGAAGAGAGAGAGAUGAAUAAUGGGUUUAGGCAGGUCAUGAUGAAUAAAACUGUAGUGAAGAGAGAAAGGGUUUGUUAUUAUGUUACAUAGAACAUUACAAAGUUUUGUAGAUACCCUAUCUAUUAUUUAUAAUGUCUAUUGUAUAAUAAUAUUAGUCAUUUGAAUACCA